AUGUCACCAUCCAAGCAAGACCCGCCCGUGGCCGCAAGCAACGGAGUCUGCUCCAUGAGAGCGUAUUGCUGGGGACUCCUGUUUUGGAUGCCAAUCCAGGCCUUGCUGACGAGCUUUAUUUUCACAAGUGGGCGCUCGCCCGUGCUUGGAAGUGAGUCGCCAUCUUCGACUGAGAUUCCGCGGGCAAAGACUCCAACUCCAACGAGGGGUCCAAGUCCAGUCCCUGAGGCCGAAGAAGGAGAAUCUGGGCUGAUCAAGAAAUUGGAGGCAAAUGCUCAAGCCAAAAUUGCCGAGCGAUGGGCUUUUCUCUCGUCCUCGGUUGCUUACGAAGCCGCAAACUACAAGAAGCUCUCGCUUGCGAGCCACGUGGCAGUGUCCCUCCUCGUGGAACCCCACUACCCGUGCCUCUGGACGCUGGAUAAGUACCCCUCUGCUCGCCAGCGCCACGAGGGAGGCAAAUGGACGUGUGGUCUGCCGGAGAUGGCCUCACGAGCUCCAGGAGGUCCCGAGGAGUGCGUGGUGUACUCCGUGGGCUCCGAUGGUAACGAUGAGUUCGAGAAGCGCGUGCGCAGUUUAACGCAACAAGCUUGCCAGAUCCACAUCUUCGACCCCACCGUCAGCGGCAGAGGUUUGGAACGGAUGAAGGGCUGGGGGUCCAGUUUCCACACCGUGGGCCUCGGGACGGUUGAUGGCGUCGUGUCCUUAAGAACUGGUGGGAGACGAGACGGCAUGAGCUUUCCAGUACAGACACUGGCAACGACGAUGGCCAAGCUACAUCACAGCUAUAUCGAUGUCCUGAAGAUAGACUGCGAGGGCUGCGAGUGGGAUCUCUUCACCACACUUCCCUGGGAGACGCUGCGCAUUGGGCAGCUGCUUAUCGAGAUUCAUGACCAGCAGGGUGCCAAGAAGCUGCCGCAGCUUCUCGAGGUUUUCGAUCGCCUGCACAAGGCUGGAUUCUACAUCUUCUCGGCAGAGCCAGUGAAUUCAGUGGCAGUGGGCCAAUAUGAGAUCUCUUUGCUUCAUCGGGAUUGGCAACCGAUGGCACCUCCACCAGUGAAGCAUGCUUUGUAG